UUCGAACGCCGCUGGGGGUGGCCCUGAGCGGCCACCACAGCGGGAGCAAGCGCAACAACAACAGGAACAGCAUAACAAUAAUCGAGAAGCAUCAGCUGCUGCUGGUGGUGUGUCCAGCAACAACCAAAAUGCCCCACCAGAAGCAGCAGCAGGAGGUGGGGGAGGAGGAGGAGGUCAGCAAGAGUGGAAUGCCAACAACACUGGUGGGGGCAAUAGCAGCAGCAACAACAACAACAACAACGGCCACCAGGCAAAUCAGAACAACCAACAGAAUGCGAACGCGAACAAUGAAGAGUGCGAUCGGUUUAGCUUCGAAGACUCGGAUCGAUUUGAAGAGGAUUCCUUGUGCAGUUGGAGUUCUGAACCUGAAAGUGUGUGUAAUAACUGGCGCGGGUGGAAGAAGCCUACCGGAACGUCUAUCAUAUUUGGAUUUAAUGGAAACCGUCGAGCUACCGAUGGAGAUGUAACUACAUUAACAGAAUUAGCUGCACGCUGUGUGGCAUCGUACAUACCGUUCGAACUCGUGGAACAUGUUUACCCUCCUGUACCGGAACAACUUCAGCUACGAAUAGCGUACUGGAGCUUUCCGGAUAAUGAGGAAGACAUUCGGUUAUACUCAUGUUUGGCUAAUAGUUCCGCCGAUGAGUUCCAUCGGGGUGAACAGUUGUUCAAAAACCGAGCGGUCAAAGAUCCGCUGCAAAUUGGUUUCCACUUAUCGGCCACCGUAGUAGUGACGCAGCCCAGAAAUCAGUACAAUGUAGCCGUCACAUUCGACCGAAGAAGGAUAUCAUCUUGCAGCUGCACCUGUCUGCCGGCAGCAUACUGGUGUUCACACGUAGUCGCCGUUUGCUUACAUAGGAUUCACUGUCCAACGAAAGUGAGUCUUCGUGCACCAGUUUCGGAAUCACUCUCUAGACUGCAACGUGAUCAAUUGCAGAAGUUUGCUCAAUACUUAAUCAGUGAACUAUCGCAACAAAUUCUUCCUAUUGCACAACGUUUGCUGGAUGAACUGCUCAGCUCUCAACCGACAACUAUUAAUACUGUUUGUGGGGCUCCCGAUCCGACUGCAGGUGCAUCGGUCAAUGAUCAGACAAACUGGUAUUUGGAUGAUAAGACGUUGCACGACAACAUCAAAAAAAUUCUCAUUAAAUUUUGCUUACCAACACCCAUGGUAUUCAGCGAUGUUAAUUAUUUAACUAACUCAGCUCCUCCAGCGGCCGCCGAAUGGAGUUCUUUACUACGUCCGUUGAGAGGCAGGGAACCGGAGGGAAUGUGGAAUUUGCUCUCCAUUGUGAGGGAAAUGUACAGGAGAUGUGAUCGUAAUGCGGUACGGUUGUUGGAGGUGAUCACCGAGGAAGUUAUGGCGUGCGACCAAAUUUUGGUUUGGUGGUUCAACAUCAAACUCGCAUUGUUGGUUGGCUCAAAUGGUCAUGGAGGAGGAAAGCACAGUAAUACGCAUUCUAACUCAAAUGCCACACAACAUGCUUGUGCUUCAUUAUGUGAUGAAAUUGUGGUCUUGUGGAGGUUGGCAUCCCUAAACCCUGGCCUAGCUCCCGAUGAACGAGAUAUGCUCCAUGCACAAUUCACCACAUGGCACUUGAAAAUACUAGACAGAGUCGCCAAGAAUAUGGUAGCUUCUUCGUCGCAUAGUAGUAAACAGCAACAGAAUUUGAGAAAUGACGCGGAGUUGUUUGCUGGAUUUAAACCGGCGAUUGAAGCAUGUUACCUAGAUUGGGAAGAUUAUCCAAUCGAGGGAAUAACACACACGCAGGACACAAAUCCUAUGUAUCAUUGUCCGUUUACGUGUUUUAAGCAAAAUAGUGAGUCAAAGGCUGAAUCUAGUUUAGGACAGGUUAACUCGAGCCAAGCGAUAUUACAAAAUAAUGUUAAACAAUUUCAACAGAUGCCACACCACCACCAUCAUCAUUUUAAUCAUCAUCAUCAUCACGGUCACACUACUCAUCAUAGUGGCGCGGUUCUUGCAUCUGCUUCUUCUAGAACCGGCGCUGGAACCUCAGCAAAUGGGGGAAUUAUAGUCGGUAGUGGCAACAGCAAUGCGACACCGAGUGGUGUGAAUACCGGGAAAUCUCAUCACCGGAGGGAAUAUCGCCAUCGGGAUCGAUGCUAUGGAUCGAGCAACAGUAGCAGCGAUAGUGUGCCGGAUCGUUUACAUGAAGUUACAAAUAACUCAAAGAUUGAUCCGCAUCUAUCUACAACUGCAACAACAUUAAAUAGCGGAGGAAAUCGAUCGAGCGUGAGUAGUGAAGGAUUUUGUGAAAAUGAUGAUGAUGUCAAUGUGUUGGACGAUCUGUCUGUACCGGUCGUAAAUAAGAAGAUGGACAAUACUACCGAUUCAUCUAAUAGUUCUUCGUCCAGUGCGGAAGACAGUGCGGGGAAAAGUUCUGCUAAUAUGCCAUCAGAUAGUAGUGAUGGAAACAGCAUUCUCAAUGAUAUGAACAACUACGAUAUUUCUGGCAAUAUUAAGCUGUACGAGGUGUACAACCAAGAUCCACAACCAGGAACAUCAAGCUCAACAUGUUCUUCUUCUCCUUCGACGGCCACUACCGCAACCAAAAUUGUUUCAACUGAACUAAAUCGAGAAAGUGCCAACAAAUCCCAAACUGAAGCUGACAAGCUACAGAUUGUCACAUCAACUCCACUUUCAUCAAUAUCCAAGGAUGUAUCACCUGAAUCUGACAGAAAUGAUCGUCGUCCAUCGAAGGACGAAAGCCUUUCGAGUUCCGAUAGCCAACCCAACAUCGACGAGUAUAAUAUGUACUACUAUGAUUCGAAACAAGCUCAAGCACAGCACCAGCAAGAACAACAGCAAAAGCAACGGCAACCACAAGAACCGAAGCAACAACCACAACAAGUAUUUUCCAAUCUGAAACCAACCGAAGAUGCUUGGGAUAUACUAUUUGCUCGCGCUGAAGGACUCCAUGCUCAUGGUCAUGGACGUGAGGCAUGUACCCUCGGAGUUCGGUUAGCGGAAGAAAUGCUCGCAAACCCUCCUAACUUAAUGAUAGAGCUUCCGCCUCCACCAAAGAAAAAGGGCAAAAAACACAACAUAAACCCAAUUUCUCAUCAACUCAGUGUGCUUGCUUCGGCCACUCUGGCGAAAUGCGCUUUCUUGUGUACAGUUUUGGCGGAAAACUCGGAACAUUAUCAUCUAGCAUUUCGGGUAUGUUUGUUCGGAUUGGAAAUGUCACGACCUCCAGCAAGUACUAAACCGCUAGAAGUGAAGCUUGCAAAUCAAGAAUCAGACCUGCUCGCAUUAUUAAAGCGUAUUCCCCUGGGAAAUCCUGAACUUAAAAUUAUUCGAGAAAGAGCGGAAGCACUGCGUGAUGGUACGCUAAAAUCUCGUGGCGAAGCAUUGUUGCCUAUAAUGUUGGCAAGUUUUAUAUUCGAUGCGCUCGUAAUGCCAAGUAUUAUAGGCAGAGAAAACCGAAUGAAAGUUAUGAGUCAAUCUUUUAGGCUUCCUACAGACGAAAAUCUAGGAUUCGAAGCGGCAGUUGCUGCCCUGGGUCUCAAAGCAAAUGUUUCGGAAGCGGAACAUCCGCUUUUAUGUGAAGGAACUCGUCGUCAGCGAGGAGAUCUUGCACUGACGCUUCUAGCAUAUUACAAGGAUGAACCUCGAAAAAUAGGACGCGUUAUGGAAAAGCUUCUGGAUCGCGAAAUACACUCUCUCAUUAAAACUCCUCUUUUACCGUCAUAUUAUUCAAACAACCCACCUACUCGAAGUCAGACAUCACAAAUGCGAAUGGAGGAAUACGAAUCUAGCAAUCAACAAAUGUACGCCACUAACGACCUACAACAAGCGCACCAUGCAGGAUUGGCGCAAAAUGAAUUCAUGGUGAACAGCCGGCCUCAAAGCAGUACUAGUGCUGAAGUCGAAAUAGGCAUGGGAGCUCUGAAUCUGGGACAGCCGCAACAAAUGCCGGCAGGUCCUGCACCUGGACCAUCCAACACACAACCUAUAAUAUCCGGACCACCGGGUAGUGUUUCUGGGUCGGUCUCGACAACGACUACUCGUUCCAAGGAUUCUCGCUAUAAAGGAAAGCGUGCUUAUCCAUCUAUUCCAAACCAACCUUCGGAGGCAAGCGCACACUUUAUGUUCGAAUUGGCCAAGAACGUUCUUACCAAGGCAGGUGGAACGUCAUCAACGUCAUUGUUCACCCAGGCUUCGACCAAUCAAAACCAUCAAGGCCCUCAUCGAGGAUUGCACAUGUGUGCAUUUCAACUUGGACUAUAUGCACUUGGUUUGCAUAAUUGUGUCAGUCCCAAUUGGCUGUCAAGGACAUACUCAUCUCAUGUAUCGUGGAUCAUCGGACAGGCUAUGGAUAUCGGAGCACCAGCAAUAUCGUUUUUGAUCGAUACGUGGGAAGGUCAUCUAACUCCACCGGAAGCAGCUGGAAUGGCUGAUAGAGCUUCCUCCAGAGGAUGGGAUAGCAACAUGGUAAACCCGGCUGCAGAACUGGCACUAUCCGUCCUACCUCAUGCUGCCGCUCUGAAUCCCAAUGAAAUCCAACGGGCGAUUUUACAAUGCAAAGAGCAGAGUGAUAGAAUGUUGGAACGAGCUUGUUUAACCGUGGAAAACGCUGCCAAAGGGGGUGGAGUAUAUCCAGAAGUUUUGUUUCAAGUCGCUCGUUAUUGGUACGAACUUUAUUUGAGAAAUACUCCUGGCGGAGAGAUGGAACCAAAUGAGCAACAUGAUUACUUCAGUGUGAAUAUCAUGUCUCUGAUGGAUUCUAGCGAUAUCCAACAACAAGCACAACCUCCUCCUGCGGCCAAUCAACCUGUAGUUGUCAGUGCCACUCCACCCCAGCCGUAUCAACCGACGGUAACAACCUUGGCUCCGAUUGGCUUAGCACCAUAUGGGCCUUACAGUUUCCCCUGUCAGGGAAUAUAUCAUCAGAACAUCCCCUACCAUGCCAAUCAAAUGCAGAUGUAUAUAUCAACGCCUCCUCAAUUUCAAUAUCCUCCACCACCGGCACAUGCCAAUCCUCCGCAACAACCACCAGGAGGAUACCAGCAGCCCCUGAAUACUAGCUAUCAACCGAUUCAGCCACAUCCGCCUGUAGUACCCCCACAAGGUUAUAACCCGCAACAGUAUCCCCAAGUUCCGGUGCAGGUUCAAGUACCGCCUCCGCCGCAAAAUCAGCAGCAAAUGCAACAAAACCUACAGUACUAUGGACCGCAAGCAGUUUCUAUGCAGCAGCCUCCUCAACCCCAACAACCACCUCCCCCUCGGCCACAACCCGGCCAUGGAUAUCAACCUUACGCCGUUCCACCAUCAACACCGCCUGUCCGACAGCGCCAUCCCCAUCAAUUUACUCCAACGCAAUUACGCUAUUUGCUGGCUGCUUAUAAUGCUGGCAUGCUGGCACUCGAAACCCUAGCCCGGCGCGUCCACGAUGACAGACCUCAGGCUAAAUACGCUCGCAAUCCACCUUACGGCGAGGACGUCAAGUGGUUGCUGCGUAUCUCUAAACGACUGGGCACCCAAUACCUCCACCAGUUCUGUGUCUGUGCUGUUAAUUCCAUCGUUUCCCCGUUUGUUCUGCAUGAAGUGGCCAUCGAGUCGGCCCACUAUCUCGCUCGUAAUAAUCCGGCAUUGGUGAUGCAGCAUCUUCGUUCGGCGCUGGCACCGUUGAUGCAAAAAUGUCAACAGAUGUACAUUCAAUGCAUCCAUCAGAAGCUGUACCAUCUAACUGUGGCGGAUUACGAAGAGUUCACUAGCACUAUCUUGUCGGCGCGCAAUGCGUUCCAGAUAACUCCGGAAGGUAGCGCACAGUUUAAAGACUGGUUACAAUCUAUCAAACGUUCGAAGUCCUGCAAGAAAGAACUAUGGACUCAGAUAAACGCAGCUCUCAAUUCUAAAUGACAACGACUAGAAUCGAUCGGUUCCGAAUUGAAUAGUCUUUCUUCGGUAACCGGCAAUGUCUCAAAUUCCUCAUCGGCCUCAGUGGCUUUAGUGGCUACUUCGGCGAAUUCAACAUCAUCACCACCGCUCACAUCAUCGACUGCAUCUACUUCUUCCGGAUCACAAGUUCAGCAGCAACCUCAACAAAAUCCAGGUCCCGCUGCAACUGGUUGCUCUAACCGACCAACCCUAGACGAAGAUCAGUCUUUUAAACAAUCUUCGUCUUCAUCUUCAACAAAUACAGCGGCAUCGACAGUUAUCCCAACUGCGGCACUAACUGCCCCUGAAACGCUGGCUAGCGUGAAGCACCACGUAUCAACUAAUCACAGGAACAAUAGCAGCCUCAUUCAAUCACAACAUCAACAGUCGCAAAGGAUUCUCCAGUCCAAUGCAUUAUCGCAGGCGUUAGUUCAUGCUUCUGCGCAAUCCUCAUCUGGAGGACAUAUGGUUCCAUCUCAUCACGUCCCAACCAUUCCAUCUACUCAACAUCCCUCUUCGGUGGGGAAUUCGGCUUCGUUCCAUCAUAUGCAGUCUGCCGGUAUUCCACCGACUCCCUCCCAAUCGACGACGGUUCCUUCUUCAUCCGGUGCGCCGUAUCACCACCACCACCAUCAUCAUCACCAUCAGGCGGCAGCCAUGCUGACGCUAGCAGUCAGCAAUCCACCCGCGCAACUGUCCCAUCAGCACCAUCAGCAGAACAUAAAUUUGAACGUGAACCAUCACCUGAUCUCGGCGCCCAUAGUGGUGGACUUCUCUAAUAUGACGGUAAACUGUGUUCAGCUGGGGCAGGAAACCCAGCAGCAUCUACAACAGCCGCCAUCGCUCAUGGGCCCAGCUCACGGCGUUGGUCCGAUGGGCAAUAAUGGCGGGAACAUUAUGCCGGGUAGUUCUGGUGGAAGGUUGAAGUAAAGGAUAAUAUUGAAAAUGCACGUUCGCAGAUAAUUGUAUAGGUGACAACAGAGUAGAAGUGGAUUUAAAUGGGAUUUUCGGUUAUAAUUUUUUAUAAUUUUGGUAGAUAUCAAUUGAUUGCGUAGAAUUUUUUUAUUCAAUCAUUUUAGAUAAAAUAUUUUCGUAUACACAUUUCUCCGGUAAUCAGCAAUGUUAAAAAUAUUUUGAAGCGAAUUGGAGAUUUGAAUAUUUCCUCGGAAUAUCAUAACUUUAUUUCCAAUCAGGAAUACUCACUCCUGAAAAAUAUUUCAAAAAUCAUGUGACCAUCAAUUCCAAAAGCGUUCUAUGGUAAAUAUGCAUCAAUAAUCAUUUAUCAAUUUCUAUUGGCAUUGCAUUCGAAUCUUGAACGUUGCCUUCGGGACAAAAAUGGGAUUGUGUUUAUACCGCUAAUUCUAUCCGACAAUUAGUAUCACGCUAGUAACAGAUUAGCGUAAUGUAGACGACGAUGCCUGUUCACAUUAUGUUAGUGUUAUACGGUAGAAAUAGCGAAUAGGUGGACGGCUCAGUGAUCCUCACCUAUUAACGAAUAGUUCUGGUAACUGAUAGUUCAGGUUCAGCGAGAAAAGCGUCGCAAAAAUGAUUGGGGCAACUAUGCUUGGGACCACAUUCUAUAUUCGAUUGAUAAUUUAUUUUUGUCUUCCCCGAAACAUCCGAUACAAGUUGAUUUUUAUUAUCAACAGAACUGCUUAAUAUUCUAAUCACAGAUUUUCUUUUGUAAACGAUUAGAUUAGGAUAUCUGUGAUGGGAUAAGUUUUUUUAUGUUUAAAAGCUCAAACAUACUAAGUGCAGUACAGUCUACUCAUGAUCGUAUAUUUUUAUACCAUUUGAGCAGUGGCGUCGCGUAACCUCACUUUUUACCUGUGCACUGACCCAACAAAUUAAAAUUCUGAUAUUUUGACAGCCCAAAUGGAAAAUAAAAUUAUCAGAGAAGUUUAAACUAAUCAAAAUCUAGCAAUUCUAUGCAUUUCCGCACACCAAUUCCUUAAAUUUAAAGCUAGUGCACAGGUAGAUUGAGGUUAGGGAAACGCCACUGCAUUUGAGCAGUUUUUGUAGAUUUUGAUUUUAACUGACUAGGUGAAAUCAGAAACUCGAAAUAAAACUACCUACCAAGUGGUUUUGUCACAUUGAGCAAUGUACCGCAUGACGGUAACACCGAAGUUUCAGUCUCCGGUAUGCCGUAUUUCUCUAUUGUGACAAAAAUUAACACAAUUAAUUUGUGCUCAAGAAAAAAGCUUUAAAUGUCGCUGCAGAUUUGUUAAAAGUGUUAGGUUCUUUUUUUCUUGUGUGGUCACAAACGAAAUUAUUUAUCGUGUUUUGUAUCGGAUGCAUUUUAUUUUUCGAGAUCUGGGUGUUUAGUUCUGUUUUGUGCACUCGGAAAUGAAAUUGAUUAGUGCAAUAUCGAUCCUGUUUCAUAUCGGACGCAGAUUAUUUUUGAGAUCCAGGUUUUUAGUUCUGUUUUAUGCAGUCGGAAACGAAAUUGAUUAGUGCACGAUCGAUCGUGUUUCAUAUCGGACGCAGAUUAUUCUGAGAUUCGGGUGUUUAGUUCUGGUUAGUGCGGUCGAAAGCAAAUUUGCGCGAUCUAUCGUGUUUCGUAUCGGACGCAGACUUUUUCGGGAUUCAGGUGUUAAGUUCUAUUUUGUGCGGUCGGAAAGAAAAUUUAUUAGCGCAAAAUCGUUCGUGGUUUGCACCAAGCACAGAUUUUUUUGAUCGUGUUUCAUUUCGGACGCAGAACUUUCACAAGAUUUUGGUGUUUAGUUCUGUUGAUAUUCGUAAUGUCAUUUGGCAAAUCAGUUUGAAUGAAAGUAACGUGAGUAGAACAUUUUAGAAUCGCCGUAAUAUUUUCUAUGCGUACUGAUGUGAUUCCAGAUGAAAUGUCUCCUUUGUAUCUAACACCAUAUCCUAUCUCAAGACAAUUGUGGAGAUUUAGAGAUAUGCUCGGUCUCUAGUUGCAACGUCGGAAUAACCACCUUUCCCUUCCUAUAUGAAUUAUGUCGUGCAGCUAUUGACUGAAAAUAUAUGAGCUCCCAAAACGUAUACAUUGAGAAUGUAAGGCUAGACCCCAGUCCCAUUCAUUUGGUUCUCUGUACAAUUUUGCAAGUUGUGAUCAAUCACGGAUUAGCAACUACGUAUUGUAAGUAGUUGUCGAAUGCAGUGCAACAACUUCGAAGGACGUAUUGAUUUAUGGUCGCAUGAAAUUGAUUUAAACUUUAAACCUUGUUCAAGCGUACAUUCGCUUAACAAUAUAAUUUAACUUUCAUUGUCUACCAUUCACCAUAUUUUCUACGCAUUUUUCAUUCAAUCCUGACGCUCAUUUAGAUUCCAUGCUUUAAGUAGAUAAAUGUAUUUUAAUUAUUCAUAUUUUAAAUAAAUUCAAAAGCAUCGUUAAUUUGCAACGUUUUAUUUGUGUUCUGAUAUACAGGGCAACUGUUCUUUUUUCCACCUCACGAUCCACUGUUCAUCUUUUCUCAGCAGAAAAAAUAGAACAUUUGAGCUUAUUUUACGAGUAGAGUGACUUGAGAUUUCUCGAAUUAAGUGAUUAUUCGAAUGCUUCCGUUUGGUUUAUACACAACUGGAAAUAAUCGAAACGAAUUCGCUGAAUUUCAUACAAAUCAACCAUGUUAGAGAAUCUCGACUUAAGAUAAGACUAAGAAUAUAUUUUGCAACCCAGCCUAAAAUUACCCAAAUUUUCCAUUAAUGAUUGUUUGUGUAUGCAUGUUUACUGAAAAGAAACGUUUCAGUUGGAAAUAAGUAUAACAUCACCUUACAUGUAUGGAGCUCCAUAUAAAAGUGGUGGCUUUAUAAUUAUUUCCAUCUGAAACGUACCUUUUCGGUAAACAUGGAUAAAAAACAAUCAAUAAUAAAAAAUAAGUGAUUUUAGGCUGGAUUGCGAAAUGUAUGCAAAAUAAUCGCUAGAAGUCAAGAUUUUGAUCUUCAAUAAAAAAAAUCACCGGAGACGAGCCAGCCUAGGGCUGAACGUCUCCUUAAUAAAGACAAAAAAAAAUCAGCAAAUUCGUUAUCAUUAUAUCCAGGGGUGUGUGGUCCAUUCACGAAGUAAUAGUCGAGGUUGACGCAGCUCACGUUACUCUACUCAUAAAUAAUCUCAACAUUUCCGCAAAAUAAUGAAACGUUCAUUUGGUUUUGAGCUAUGAGAUGAAAAACUGGAACAGUUACACAAUUUCGUUUCAAUCUCUUUUGAUGUCUCUAUAAAUCUAUUCAUCCCGUUGCCCAUAAUCAACAUGUUUCUUUCUAGAAUUACAAAACUAUUGUGUUCAACUGUUCGUUUUUUGUUUUAUCACAUCACGAACGAUUUUCUCUUGCUACGCAGUAGUGAAUUCAAUAAGUUGAAAGGAUGUACGUACAUGCUUCUCUGACUCAUAGAAGCGACAAUACCUUCACAUUCAUUAAUCAAAGUCGAAGUUUUCGAUAAGUGGACGGAUAUUUCGAAAAUUGCUUCCCAGCCGGGAGGCAGAUGAAGCCGCGUGUGAAUUAUUUUUCGUUUGAUCUGUGAUUAUAUUUUUCGCUUAAGAUGAAAAGUGAAAUGAUAUUUUUAAGUCGACUUCUACACUAGAAACUAGGAUUGUACGUAGGUAAAAUAAAAGAAACGGCUUAUUCUCUUGAAAUAGUUAGAACAUAAAUUAUAAAGACAUUUGGCCACGAGUGAAAAGUAAUGCAAAUGAAUAAUAUGACGGAAAUAAAACUUUCUUAGAAUACAUUCACAUUACGAGUAAUUAACGUCAAAAAAGUAUCAUAAAUAGUAACAUACAGAAUACAGUAGAAUAUAUAAAAGUAAAUACUAGCAAAAUAAGCACACAUUUUAAUUCUUCGUAGAUGUGUAUCUUUCCGUAAUUCUGAAUGUAGAUGUUUUGUAGUGUAUGCUAUUGUGAAUAGAAUAGCAAAUCGAAUGAAAAUUAAGGAUAUUAUCCAGGGAUGAAAACUUGCAAGUGUCGAACAAGUUUUCUAGUUCCGAUCUAUCUCAGAGACUAACCAUAAAAUGUAUGAUUUGCUAGAGCUCAGUUGAACUGUUACAUAAUCAAGAUCUCAUUGAUAUAAACUAAACGAUCAACAACUGAUUAGAAUUUAAACAUUUUCUGAAGACUAAGUAGAUUUGUCAGAUUUUUCCAUAUCGAUUUUUCUGUUGAUUAUUAUUGCAAAACAAGACGCUAAUUAUUGUUUGCUUGUCGAUUGAAUACCUUUGUUUUAGCGCACAUACAAUAUAUAUGACUGUUUUACCGAUCUUCGGAUUUCCCGAUGGUAAACUUCUGCUAUGCAAGAUGUACGUUCUACAUGACCUAAAACAUUAUAACUUGAUUUGGCUAUAUUAAAAUUAGUGCAAGAAGUAUGUUGGCGAAUCAAACAUUUGCUAUAAAUGCACGAUUAAAAAUAACAUUGAAAAUUACGUAUUUGCCAUUUUCGGUUAAAUAAGAAGUUGGAUUGAAGUGAACAUAUAGUACUGUACAUAAAGUUUAUAAACUAAAACAUGAUCACGUGUCUUAUAACUAGCAGCAACGUCUUAAGGUUGAAGUAAAAACCAAUAGCAGCUCAUAUUAUUAAUGUGCUGAAAUAAAACUGAAUGCCAUAACAUUUAAAUUUGAACCAUUACAUUCAAUAAUGUAGAAUAUGUUUACAGCUAUAAACAUAUUAUUAUUAUUGUGUUUUUGUUUGUGAAUACAAUUUGCUUUAAAUUGUUGAUCGGAUGUCUCAAUGACCAUUUAUUUCUAUUGAGGACACUUGAGUACCGACUUCUUGACCCUUCGGCAUAACUUUUUCGUUGGACGAAUUUUAACGUUUGGAUGGUUCUUCACCAUAUGUUUCGAGAGAUCACAAUUUCAACUACAACAUUUCGACUACAAGCUCAAGUACACCGAAGCACAACUUCAAGUACACGAAGGUUUUUCCAAAAAAAUUGGCAUGCGUUAACAAGAGUACGCAACAACUUUCGUAUUCAUGAAACAGUAAGGCCGGUACAAAUAUUAUUUUGUUCUUCUGUUUCCACCCUUUUCGAUUUUUUGUGGCUUUAUUACUUGAGGGGGAAAUUCAAAAUAUUCAAAUUUCUUAUGAAAUUUUUAAAAGAAAACUGAUGAAUUUUACAAUUUUUUAUUAAUUUAUUUAGGACAAAGGAAAACAACCAUAUUUGUUCCGGCCUAAUUACUCGAUUGUCUUCAUCCGUCGUCAGUGUGAAUUCGAUCCCAUAACAAAUUCAACAUAGAAGAACUAUUAUCGUCUAUCGUGCAUCUAACGAAUUUGCUGGUUAUCGAUGAUGUUUUCAAUUAUAAUAAAUACGUAAUUACGUACGAUAUGUGAAACAGGCACUCAUCAGACUAAAAAAAUAUGCCUCCGAUUACCUUUUACAGACACUCUAGUUUUUAAAUACAUUCAUAGCCAGUGAUGCACCCUUUGGCCACAUUUGAUAUAGGAGCCGAAAUGUUUUGAGGCCAAAAAUAGAUUAUUGAAUGUUAUUCUUUUAAUCGUUUUGGUUCAAUUAUCUUGGUUUUCACUAAAUGUAAUGCUUGCAAUUUUCUUGUUGGCAUUCUUAUUCAGUAUAACAGAAAACUAAAAUAUACCUCUAUUUUAGGUAAAUGAUAAGGAUGAGAUAAGCAAAACAUCGCAACAAUAUAUUUCUUCGUUAACAAUGAAAUUCUGCUAGGGUAGGUGCAAAUAUCUGAGGAGCUUUGUGUUCAAAACAUGAAUAGUUGAAUUAAUCAUUACCCCUUCUGUUUCCGUAAUGCUAUUAAUUAUUUUUGACGAGUUUAUUGUGAUUAAUAUCUAAUACUCAAAAAAUUUGUAUCUAAUAAAAAAAAUCGAAAUAUACUAAAUUUCUCUUGAAUUCAUCCCCUCGAGCUCCGAAAUUAUUACAAGCUUCAGAUGUUUGCAUCUGCUGUUUAAAAGCUAAGAAAACUUGUUUGCAAUACUUUGUUCACACUACGGGAUUGUAUCAUAUUAUUCCGUAAUCGUCAAUUUUAAUAACAUGUUAUUACUUCGUAGUCUGAACAUAGUAUAGGCAUCAUCUCUUUAAUCAAGCAAUGAAAUAACGCAAAUAUUAUCUAUACUCUAGUUCAGUAUGAUCUUCCCAAUGCUAUAAGAAAUUUAUCACAUGGCAUUACCCUGCUGCGCCAUAUUGCAUUAGAUACAGCAAGAAUACUGAUUGGAUAAGUCAUACUGAAUUUAAAACUUUACCGUUCUCAUUGAAACAACCCGUCGAAAAAACUACUUCUCUGACAACUAGAAAAAAAAAUAUAAAUAAAUUAUGAACACGGUUUUGAAUUUGUAAUAUUUAUCAUUAUUUUUUAUACACGUGCAACAUACACUAAAACAUCCUACAUUCACAUAACACACAAUUUAUUUUAGUUAAAUUUCCAACCUUGAUCUAGCAUUAGUUGGAAAUGAUUCACAUAGUCAAAGUGUUGUGCGUCAUCGUUGUGUGUUAGCGGAUUAAUUUCUUAUCCACUCAAACACAGACAGGCCAAUGCUCGCACAACCACAAAGACAACUUAUCGGACACUUUGAUUUUGAUUCUUGAUCAAGCUUUCAAAAAAAAAAACGCGAACAAUUUACACAAACACAUAUAAAAUUUACAAUUUUUUAAAUGAAAAAUUCAGAACAUAAGUAGAUUAAUUGAACCAUAAGGAAAAAAACAUAUUUAAAAGUUCUAUAUACAUAUAUACACAGAAAAAAUAAAUUAUAUAUACACACAUUACACAUACACGUACAUCUAUAUAUUGAAAAGAAAAAGCAACAAAAAUAUUACAAUAUAUAUUUGAAGAUGUAAGUCUGCAAGUUUUUAACAUAAUUGUAUGAAAAAAUAUUGAAGGAAACAUGAACUUAACCUUAAGAAAUAAGAAUUAUUGAAGAACAGUAAAAAAAAAACAAGCGUUGCAACUCAAACACGAAAAUAUUAGGAAAAUUUACUUCUUUCAAAAAUCAUCUGUAUGCGAAAGGUUGAAGUAAUAUCAUCACCACGUGGUACCCUGACGCGAAGAUAUCUCAUUGUGUUCAUUUGAAGCUUUCGAUCCAUGCUAGAUAACAACAGAAGAAUAAGGCAUAGAAAAAUAAUAGUUACAUGUAGUAAAUAUACUGACAACAUAAAACAAUCUUCGCUCAAGGCACUUUGGAGUGUUCAGUGCAUAACCUUUGGCCAUCAGGUGAUUUAGGAUGGUUGCCAAAAAAAUGGGAAAUAAAAAAAUUUCGAAAAAUAAAA